AAGCCAAUCUCUUCCCAUGAGUAUGAAUCAGGAAGGAGGGGCCUCUUAGUUCUAGGUCUUCAUAAGGAUGGAUCCCAAAGGCUCCUCACCCACUGAUACCGAGACAACUCAACACUUAAUAGAUUUUAUCGUUUCGGACUAUCCUUUCAUGUCAGCCGAGUCGAAGAUGCAAAGCAUGCAGGAGGUGCUUCCAUUUGCCCGUGAGCUCAUGGAGCAGGGCGGCAGCCGAAGGCUGCUGAAGAUCUACCUGCUGGGCUCCGGCCUGGCCGUCUGUGGGCUGGUGGGGGGGCUGGUGGACGCCGCCUCCUUCGUCUUCGGCGAGAAGGACACCAUCUCCAUGGAGACGGAGGAGUUUGCGCCCGCGAAAGCGAUGGAGGAGCAGUCGGUGCCUGUGGAGCCUGUGGCGCCCGCGGAGCCUGUCUUGACUGCUGUGGAGCCUGACGACACAGCCGAUGUUUUUGAGGAAGAAGAGAUGUUUGCCAAGGCCAAGCAAAACCCAGCCAUCACACAGAGGCGAAGGAGUCGUUCCUUUGCAUCUUAGACCAUCGACACACACACUCAGCACAGACACACAAAAAUAUAACACAUUCAUGGCUACUGAUGGCUACGGACUUUGGACUUGUAUGGUUUGUUAGGUUUGGAUUACAUGUGGUGUAAAAAUGAUCUCUGGUGCCUUCUUGCUGGCUUCUUGAGGUGAUGUAAUAUGGUUUGGGGAUUGCUUAAGACUGGCAGUGUCCUUGACCAUGGGCCUAAUUGUUUAUCAUCCCAUUAGAGCAAUGACUUUAUGACACUAUAACACUGAAAAAUAUUAAAAAUUGAAAAUUA